GGCUUCGAUCCGAGGAAUAUGCAUCCGGAGAGGGGAAGCGAUGAUGGCCGCGAGGCAGCCGCCGUCCGGCGACGGCUUCGCCUCCCAGAUCGCGGACAUGUCAAAGAGCCAGCUCUACGAAGUCAUGUCCCAGAUGAAGAUUCUGAUCGAGCAGAACCAGGAGCAGGCGAGGCAGAUCCUCAUCGACAACCCUCUCCUGACGCGAACUCUCUUCCAGUUAUUGCUUAAUGGGAAAAUCACCUUUUGAGAUCAUAUGCACAGUGGAUUUGGGCUCUAAGCAAGAAAUUAUAUCAGGUCCGACUCUUUUAUAAACUUUAUUCAUGGGGAAUUGUUUUGUAUUAACGCCUUGCCAUAAUUGAUAUAUGCUGGAUUCUGCCUAUCACAAAGAAGUGAUGCAGCUCAUACUUCAGAAAAAGGAUGGAUAGAAGAAAAGGGCCACAAUGAAAGAAAGGUCAACAACUAUCUCGUAGUGGAUAAUGAAGCUAAUUGGCAUUUCUAUGAAAAAGGAAUGCUGACAAAAAAGCUUUUUGGGUUUUCCGUUGUCAUUCUAAGAGAGUUUGUUCGUUGAUUGGCGAUCAUGUUAGCUUGAAUCAUUUUCUUUCAGAGUAUGAUAGCAGUCAAGGCGCAGAUUAUGCUCGGAAUGCUGCAGUCUCCUCAAGUGAUGCCUAAUGUCCAGCAGGCCUUAUCACAACCACAAUCAGCACAGAUGCAGCAGCCGAAUGCUCAAACUACUCAACCGUUGCCAGUACAAGCUGGACUGCAGGGUCAAUCUAGUUCACCGCAAACCUCAUUGUCUGGUAGACAGCAACAUCCUACUCACCCAUCCAUUCCAUUGCCAUCUGCUUCUGUUCCCCCAUUGAACUUUCAGUUGCAGACCAUGCCUUCAGAUACCCCACAUUCAGUUCAACAAAUUAGGAGUUUUCUGAAUGCUCAAGCUCCCGUAUCGCUUCCACAAUCUUCUCAGAUCCAUAACCUUGCUCUACCCCCUCUUCCUGCUCCUCCACAGUUCUCUGCACUUCCAUCCCACAUGCCUAUUGUUUCUGGCCAGACACAGCAAUCUUUGCAGACUCCUGGAGUAUUUAAUCUGCCCCUGCAACCACCUUUGCCACAGCAACCUAGGCCACCUUCCAUGCAGCCUUUUUCUCAUCUGCUUCAUUCACAGCUGCCUCAUGCUCUUGGUUUUCAACCAUCAAGUGCACCGCUACAGCUUUUAUCACAAGCUUCAUUUCAUUCAGGUAGCAAUCCUUCAUCUUCCUUCCCACAAGGACAACCGCCGCCACCAAGUCAACCACCACCCCAUCCGCUUUAUCAGGGUGGUCCACAUAUAGGUCCAGAUUAUAGCAAUCAAGCUGGGACAUCCGUUCAAGCUGAAAGAGGAGCUCCUUGGGCACUCAGCCUGCCUGAAAAAGCAACUCCUGGGCUGCAGCUGCCGGGACCACCACCAUUGAUUUUGGGACAGGCCACUUCUGGCACAUCUGGUCAGCCACCCCGUCCACCGCCGUUGACUCCUGAGAUGGAGAAAGCUUUAAUUCAGCAAGUCAUGAGCCUUACUCCGGAACAGAUCAAUCUUCUGCCUCCUGAGCAAAGGCAUCAGGUGCUUCAACUACAGGAAAUGCUAAGAUAGUGAUGAAACUUGAAACUGGCACUUCGUGGAGCGUGGAAUGGCUUUUUUGGAACAGAUAUGCAGUAUAACGCUCGAGAAUUAAGACCAGCCUUCAGUCACAAGCUCUUCUCAACUAAGCUGUGCUUGACAACUGGUCCCGAACCUAUCCAUGAUCUAGGUUUCUAAUAGGUGCAGAGCCUGUCACAUCUAUUCAUUUUGAUUUUCAUAUCAGUUAUUAAAUUUUGAUGCCUCCUGUUUUUGGGGCUAAGGUUGCCGGAUAUGUGUCCAAAGACCAGAGAGUUGAUGGUAUUUGAGUUUCCUUUAACCGGAGAGGAAAAUUAAUGGAAGAUCGAUAUUUCUGAAAGUAGCACUUACAGAAUAUUCAGACCCAAAUUGCACGCUUAUAAGAGUAGCUAAUGAAUUUUGUCCUACUAAAUUAGAGCUGGGUGUAUGGGAAAUUUUAUCUACACAUCAAUGGUCGUUGGUUGCUACAA